AUGAAAGGCCAAAAAACACCACAAUCACCGAAAAAAUAUGAAAGAACCAGAAGGGAAGCUAAAACCAUAAUCAUUGGAAAAAUGAAAGUAGUAGAAAGAUCCAUUAGAAUUAUGCAAAGACCACAAGAGAAGCUGAAAGAUUCACCACAAUCGAAAAAAAGAGAAAUCACCAAAACCAUAAUCGCCGGAAGAAUGAAAGAAGUAGAAAGAUCCAUUAGAAUUAUGCAAGGACCACAAGUGAAGCCGAAAGAUUCACCACAAUCGAAAAAAAGAGAAAUCAGUCAAGAGAAGCCAAAAAACACCAUAAUCACCAGAAGAAUGAAAGAACUAGAAAGAUCCAUUAGAAUUACACAAGGACCACAAGAGAAGCCAAAAGAUUCACCACAAUCGAAAAAAAGAGAAAUCAGGAAGCCAAAAAGGACCAUAAUUGCUGGAAGAAUGAAAGAAGUAAAAAGAUCUAUUAGAAUUAUGCAAGGACCAUGA